ACGUCACGUCACACUGUCACGUGACUGUUCCACUCGCUCAUAUGACCGAUGGAUUCUCUCCCCAGCAGCCGCUAACUUUGCCCAAAAAAAGGGGAACAUGGCGGAUUUCGAGGAGCGGCGGGGCCUGUUGGGAGACGAGGCCGAGGGCUCGUCUACCGGCCGGAAGGCGGACCGAGGACCCGGCCGGCCGCUGGCCGCCAUAUGCGACCCCAGCCACUUUCUGCACCGAGUCGUUGUUUUGGUUUUCAUGUGCUUCCUGGGGUUCGGAAGCUACUUCUGUUAUGACAAUCCAGCAGCGCUCCAGACUCAAGUAAUCCAGGAUCUAAACCUGAACACGGCAAAGUUCAUGCAGCUUUACGCCUGGUACUCCUGGCCAAAUGUGGUCCUCUGCUUCUUUGGGGGUUUUCUGCUCGACAGGGUUUUUGGCAUCAGGCUGGGAACCAUCAUCUUCUCCCUCUUCGUCUGUGUUGGACAGGUAAUAUUUGCAGCUGGAGCUUGGACCAAUCACUUCUGGCUGAUGGAAGCUGGACGUUUUGUUUUUGGUAUUGGAGGAGAAUCCUUGGCUGUGGCCCAAAACACGUACGCAGUCAACUGGUUUAAAGGCAAAGAGCUCAAUCUGGUGUUCGGCCUGCAGCUCAGCAUGGCUCGCCUGGGCAGCACUGUGAACAUGAACAUCAUGGGCUGGGUGUACAGUAAAGUGGCGCUCGCCGUCGGCUCUUCUGGUCACACGGCAUUAGGCGUGUCACUCAUGAUCGCCGGUGGAACCUGUGUGUUUUCCCUAAUCUGUGCCUUGGUGUUGGCGUUUCUUGAUAAGAGAGCAGAACGGAUUCUUCAAAAGGAACAAGGGAAAACAGACGAGGUGAUCCGGCUGACUGAUGUGAAGGAUUUCCCGUUAACACUGUGGCUCAUUGUCGCCAUUUGUGUGUGUUACUAUGUGGCCAUCUUCCCCUUCAUCGGACUGGGGCAAGUUUUCUUCAUUGAAAAGUUCAACUUCUCUCCUGCUCAAGCCAGAGCGGUCAACAGUAUUGUUUACAUCAUCUCAGCGCCCGCAUCUCCAAUCCUGGGCUUUGUUGUUGAUAAGACGGGGAGGAAUGUGGUUUGGGUGAUAACUGCAGUGGUUGCGACCCUCGCUGCUCACAUGAUGCUGGCUUUCACCUUCUGGAACCCAUGGAUCGCCAUGUCCCUGCUUGGUGUGUCUUACUCCUUGCUGGCUUGUGGGUUGUGGCCCAUGGUGGCCUUCGUGAUACCCGAGCAUCAGCUGGGAACAGCCUACGGCGUCAUGCAGUCCAUCCAAAACCUCGGACUCGCUCUUUUUGCGAUGGCAGCCGGAGCCAUCGUGGAUUCCAAUGGAUACUUGGUUCUGGAAGUGUUUUUCUGCGCUUGUGUUUGUGUGGCACUGAUUGCGGCGGUGAUGCUGUACUUGGUGGAUUAUCUCAAAGGUGGAGAUCUGAACCGGACGGCUGCAGCCAGAGCCAAACUCCAGAAGGAGGACUCUCCAGAAUCCGAAUGAUGACGCUGCUGAGCGAACACACAUGAUCCUGGGAUUUCAGAACCAGCAGGCUGCACUGUCCACCCCAGAGCUUUCCGUCUACGGUCAUGGGGGCGGGACUGCGGUUCUGACUCCACCCAGUGAUCUCAUCUGUGGUUCUUCACACCUGAAACUGACCGUCUGGCGUGGGCUGUUGUGACACUUUGAAUAGAUAGCUGAUGCUGUCCAUAUUGGGGUUGCUGGUACAAAUCCCACUGUGGACAUCAGACUUAAUUCUUUUCUACCUGUACUCACUCGCCUCACACUUCUGGGCAUUACAAAGUUUAAGUUACUGUAUAGAAACAUCCGGGUGCUUAAAACAGUGAUUUUUAACUGAGAUUGCCUCUACUGCCUCGGUGCAGCUGUUUUCUAUUGGAGGGAUUUCGUGGGUGUUUGUUUUAAACAGGACUUUGUUACCAGUCUGUUAAUCGAUGUCCGCCUAAACACAAGGUUUACUCACCAAACUAUUUAAUAGCUUUUAUCCCAUAACUGUAAACAUUAAAUUUUUAAUCAACACAUUUUUAAUUUUUUUUAACCUGGAUAAUCAAAAGAUCUGUAAUUUGCUCCUUGCUGAUCCAAAUUUGUAUGGACUCAUUUUUCAAUGAUCUCACUGUAACAAUACAGUAUGGACCAAGUGUAUUGAUCAAUAUGACGUUUUCAGCUUUAAGAAAUGUUGUCAGCAAUUAGAACUUUUAAACAUUUAGACCAGGGGUGUCAAACUCAUUUUAGCUCAGGGGCCACAUUGAGGGAAAUCUAGUCCCAGGUGGGCCGGACCGGUAAAAAACAAACAACUUCAGAUUGUUUUCUUUGUUUAAAUACAAUCAAUAUAAAACAAGGCUGGAGCCUGAGGACAGUGUAGUACACGCGCAACACCUGAAGUGUACUUGAAAAUUUGAAAAAAAAUUAAAAAAUCAACAAAUAAAAAAAACAUUCCUUAGUGAUUCAAAGAGCUUACAGAUCACAUGGCAAGAUCAGUUUCAUGCAGCACUUAAAGUAUAUUUGACUCAUUUUACUUUACAUCUUUUAGCUUUCACCGGCACAUCAACAUCAGAAGUCACAUCCUGAGUGGCGGCCAUCUUCAGGAUGUGAUUCAAGUUCUUGUGUGAGCCUUGAGCGCAGCUUUGUUUUAUUUACACUCAUUACAGAGAAAACUUGCUCUCAAAGAAACGUUUAUUUUCACUCUACAUUGUAAAGUAUGAAAAUAAAGUUUACACAACCAUCUCGCGGGCCGGAUUUAACCCGCUUGCGGGCCGGACCCGGCCCGCGGGCCGCAAGUAUGACACCCCUGAUUUAGACGGUGUUUAAAAUAUUUGGUCACUCGUUAAACUCGGGUGAAAUUUUUCUCUGUAGCACUUUGUGAAUCGGCUCAUUUGAGCAACGCAACGUAUUCAUGGCCUCUGCUCUCAGCAUUCCAGCUUAAUGUGGGUGAAUGUGUGUGUCCUCGCGCUGAUUUUAGGGUAAACCUUCACCACCUCAGCUGAACUGUGCUUGCCACAUGUAGAGGAACUGCCAGUCAUUUAAGCGGGAAGAUGCGACUGAACAUUGAAAUGAAGUUAAACGUACUGCUAUCAGCCUCGUUAGCACUUUUGUGCUGUGGUACCGCGGUUUGCGGGACUGCAAUGAUUCGUUCCACUUUGCAAUGUUACCAUUAAGUUCUGAUCGUUGUUUUGUAAGAUUUGUAAUUGGGGAAAAAUAAAGAUGACCCACUUCGUGUUCAAAUUAGAAGUUUGGAGUGAAA